AUGUCUUUUUCUAAUCCCACGUCUGACGCUACCAUCUCCAAGAAGCUCAAAUACAUUGUGAUUACGCAUGGUGAUUCCUAUAUCGGCCAGACAUUAGCUAUGCAUAUCGCUGAUCAGCUGGAUAAAGGCCAAGGUCAACUCAAGACGAAGCAUCGUGCCGUCCGAGUUUUAUGUCAAGACAAAGCCAAGUUGAAACAUCUCGAGAGAAGAGGCAUUGAAGUCAAGCAAGUCAAUUACGAAAGCCAACAUACUAUCACUGAACAGCUCAAAGUGCAUAUCAAGACCAUGAUCUAUAAUCCUUUUGCUGUAACGAUGGGCCGUAUGGUUGAGUGUGGCAUGAAUGUCCUUGAUGCAGCUAUUCGCCAAGAUGUCAAGCGUGUUGUUAUGUUAUCCAGCUUCGGUGUAAAUACCAUGGAGGCAUCCUCUGCUGUGGAUGCGCCUAUUCUUCUAUUCAAAAUGUUGGAAGCUCAUUUGCGCCAUCGCUACAAAUACGGUUCCUGGGUGGUCUAUCGCAUUCCAUUUAUUCAGCAAUACAUGUACUUUUGGAUCCACAUGCUCGAGAACAAGAACAUAUUGGGCAUGCCCAUCUCUGAAGGCGACAUGCUCAUGACAGUCAAUAUCAAGGAUGUCCAUGAAUGCGUUGCUAUGGCCUCUCUUUCCAAGAAAUCCAUGGUCUGGACCUACCAUGAACCUGAGCGUCAUUUGCAGGCCUCUACUAUCCUUCCAGGCGGUCCUGAUGGAGACACCUCAAGCAGCUCUGAUGAUAGCAGCAGCCAGCAACCAAUGGCCAUCAAGCGUGUUUACGAAUUGGUCAGUGAGCCUCUCACGCUGACUAUGAUGGCAGAUGCCAUGUCGCGCGCGCUUCGUGAAGCUGGUGGUAGUUACAAUGUUGAUGCUGCUGUAUUGACGGAUGAGCAACUGGAGAUUUAUUUGAAACUUGUUGCCAAGACCAAGCAAAGGGAUGCAGCUUCUAUGGAUGCCACUGAGUGGGGCCGUAUUUUGGAUGCUGCCAAGAUCCGCCAGUCAUCUAGCUACCAACAAGGUGUUUCCGAGCUGCUUCAAAGCAGAUCUUCUCUUGCCAGCACCACCAAGCACCGAGACCACCAGGAUAGCCCCGAUGUGUACCCUUGCCCUGCAGAUACAUUGACUCCCUUCUGUAUCCAACUCAUCUUGAAUCAUUUCAAAGUGGCUCGUAACAUGGUGAUGCCACCCUUGGUUCUCAAUAAUGACAUUCGUGAUAUCAUAGGUCGUUCUCCUAUUUCCAUGGAUGUCUUUUUCAUGUUGAAUCGAAAGCUGUUUCAUCCUCAAUAA